AUGUAUGAUUAAAAGUUAAAAAAUUCAAAUUAGAGAGAAUAAAAUAAUUAUCAAAAGGAUUAGGAUAAUAAUAAUUAGAAAGAACAUCAUCAUUAGAAUUAAGAGCAUAAUUACUCUCAAUAAAAUUAUUAGAAAAAUAAUUCUUAAGAGUAAAAUGAAUAAACACAGGCAUACAUUUCCCUUGUUGUUUUCUUUUUCUUUGCUUGGCUAAGUUAGUAAAAUAAAUAAAAAUAAGAACAAAAUUAAGCAAUAAAUUUAAUUCCCAAUAAAUACACCCCUGCUUAAACUAUUAGUAAUGAGAAAAAAGAAUUAUCUGAAUAGGAUUGCAAGGAUUUGCCUUUAGAUAUAAUUAAAUAUAGGUCAAAAAAAGGUGACUAUAUCAUGGGAUAAUUAUGUUAUGAUAGAUUAAUAUUUGAUGAGCAGAAAGGAUUAAAAAAGAAAAAGGAAUUAGAUUAUCAAUUCUAGUAAAUUGGAGCAAGUGAUAUCAAUUCAUAAAUAUCAUAAUAGUCUGAAACAAUAAUAGUGGAUUAAGUAUAACAACAAUAAUUAUAGAGUAAGACAGAAAAGAAGGAAAUAUUUUAAUAAAAUUUAGAAAGUAAAGAAUAGUUGGAAGAAAUAGGAGAAAUUGAAGAGAAUAAAUAAAAUGAAUAACAAAAAAAUAAAUAAAUUUCUGAUGAUUAAACUGGUAACGUUGUAAAUAUAGAUUAAUUUUAAAAUAAUAUUGAAUAACCUGUUUUUGAACGAAGUCAUUAAGAAGUAUAAUUUCAACAAUAACCAUAAUAGGAGGGUUGA